CGCUUUUUUUCGGGGAUGAAGCUUAUCGCUGUUUUUACCGUUCUCAGCUGUUUUGUGUUUCUGAUAGCCUCAGAAAAAUGUGGUCAACGAAAAGUCAGUUCUUUGCUGAAUUUUUCCGGUCAGAAAGAUGAGGUGGCCCCCGAAAAAUGGCCGUGGCAAGCAGCCCUGCUCCAGAAGCAAGAACACCAGAACGAAUGGAUCUAUGCGUGUGGGUCCGCCAUAAUCUCGAACCAAUUUGUGGUGACGGCAGCCCAAUGUACUUUCGCGGCAAGGGAUGGAGGACGUGAACUCGAUAGUUCUGAGAUACGUUUGGUACUGGGAGUGGGGCAACUGGGUGAGAAAUUGGACCAGAUGCCUUCUGUCGAGGUUACGGAAAUAAUACGUCAUCAUCGAUUUGAUCGGAAUUCGUUGGAGCAUGACAUAGCUGUUCUUAGGCUUACUGAUGAGCUGGAAUUCACGGAUCAAGUGCAGCCAAUUUGCAUUCUGGAUGAGUACCCCGGCAAAGAGAGAACCAUUGGUCGAUCGGGUUAUACAACCGGUUGGAAUGUGGAUAAUACGGAUUCUAAGAGAAGAAUUCUGAAGGAAUCGCUGACACCAAUAGUAUCUGAAAAAGAUUGUUCAGAUAAUUUCAAAAAAUUUUAUCACAAGGGCAAAUCACUCUGUACUGGUUCUCUCAGAAGAUCAAAAGGCAUUUUCGGAGAUAACGGUAGCGGUUUGUUCUUAGAAAAUUUAAACCAGUGGUACUUACGAGGUGUUAUUACUGGCGAGAAAAAUGAUUCCCAGAGGGGCCACAAUCUUAUAUUAACCGAUGUUGCCUUUUAUGCUAAAUGGUUGGUGUUCUUUACAAAUCCCUUGCGAUUUAAUCUCCUAGGAUUGGACAAAUGUGGAAAGGCAUCGAGUGACGUUCACCCCUGGCAUUGUAUGGUUGAAAUAGGAGUAGGGUAUGAGGGUGAUUUUCUCAAAUUUAGAAAUGAUUGUGUGAAGUCCACCUGCAAAAAAGGAACUUUCCUCCGAGGAUCAUUGAUUGACUCCAAACAUGUUUUGGUGUACUCGGAAAGCGGUAACUUCUCCUACGUUUGGUUUCCAGGAGUAGAUGGAGCGGAACCACUGCAAGAACCAGUUGAUAGGGUGAUUACCUUCUAUGGAGAAGAUUCUGAUCACUAUCGGAACUUGUACCUGUUAGAACUUGAGGAACCAAUAGAUCGAACUCCGGUUUGUCUCCCAACGGCUUUCUACUUUACACAAUCGUCACAAACGGAUAGUUUUUCGAUAGUCACCUCGGAAGACAGGAAGUCACUCACCCAGCAAUCGAUUCGGGAUGAGCCCUUCGAACGUACCGAUGCCCACAUACCUACGUACUUUGAAGUUUCUCCUGGAGAACCUCUGGAUAGGAAGGAAGAUUCUAAAAUUUAUCUCGCCGCGUUCUGCGCCUACAAUACGCUGACCGAAAAUGGAUGUUCUGAAAAAUCACUGUAUUUCGACUUACAUCCCGAUUGGAUUUACUAUCAAAUUUUUGUGGGACAAGAUUAA